CUCGCACUCAAUGGUUUCGACUCGGACACACACAAUAUCUGAUUUUACUUUUCUUUUUUUUUUAAUUGCAAGUUUGCCACUAUAAAAUCAGUCCAUACCCUUAGUUAACAACCCACAUUCACUCUCAUUUCCAUCAAAAUUAUAACUUCAUUUUACAUUUUGAUUAAUAUCCUAAAAUGGUUAGAUUCAUCGAAGAAAAUAUUACUAAAAUGUUGGAGACAAAGGCCAUCUCAAACUCGGAGGUUUUAUAUGUCGGAGGAGACGACGGAGACACGUCACCAACGACGAAAGUUCUUCAUGAUUUUCAGAUCAACAGCGGAGGAGGACUGAUAAGAUCAUGGGUUGAUUCUAUGAGAGCUUGUUCUCCUACUCGCCCUAAAUCCUUCAAUAGCCAAUCUUGUUGGAUUAAGGAACAUCCAUCUGCUUUGAACAUGUUCGAAGAAAUACUUCAUAAAUCUGAAGGAAAACAAAUAGUUAUGUUUCUUGAUUAUGAUGGUACUCUCUCUCCCAUUGUUGAUGAUCCUGAUCGAGCUUUCAUGUCCAAGAAGAUGCGAAAUACUGUGAGGAAACUUGCAAAGUGUUUUCCAACAGCCAUAGUUAGUGGGAGAUGCAGAGAGAAGGUUUCUAGUUUUGUGAAAUUAACUGAGUUAUACUACGCUGGAAGUCAUGGCAUGGACAUCAAAGGACCAGAGCAAGGAUCUAAAUACAAGAAAGAAAAUCAGUCUCUUCUUUGUCAACCCGCAACUGAAUUCCUCCCGGUGAUAAACGAGGUUUAUAAAAAACUAGUCGAGAACACUCAAUCGAUUCCAGGAGCGAAAGUUGAGAACAACAAAUUUUGUGCGUCUGUUCACUUUCGAUGCGUAGAAGAAAAUAAAUGGAGUGACUUGGCCCAUCAAGUUCGAUCAGUCUUGAAGAAUUACCCCAAGCUCAUGCUUACCCAAGGAAGAAAAGUAUUGGAGAUUCGUCCAAUCAUUAAGUGGGAUAAAGGCAAAGCACUCGAGUUUUUGUUAGAAUCACUAGGAUAUGAUAAUUGUACCGAUGUUUUUCCUAUAUAUAUUGGAGAUGAUCGUACCGACGAAGACGCCUUUAAGAUACUGAGAGACAAAAAACAAGGUCUUGGAAUUCUUGUGUCCAAAUACGCAAAGGAGACUAAUGCUUCUUAUUCUUUGCAAGAGCCAGAUGAGGUAAUCUUUUGUCACUCUAUAUACACAACACAUAAUGUUUUAGUGUACUAAGGUGAAUUUAUGUUUGUUUUUUUGUCAAACUGGUGAAUUUUUGUUUUUGAUGUAGAUUUCUUAUAAAAAAAAGUCUCUUAUUUUCUACGUUUUAUAGGUUAUGGUUUUUUUAGAACGUUUGGUGGAAUGGAAACAGUCAAGGUGUGGGGCAUGAAGAGUUUACAAGUACAGGAGAAACUUGUUCUUUUUCUUUUUUCUUUUUACUAUGUAGUAUUGGUAAAGAUUCUAACGUAUAAGAGAACGAGAAUAAGUUUAUUAAUAUAACAAGAAGACAAAUAUUGAGGUUCAUGUUCCUUUUAUUAAACUUUGGUUUUCUGACUAGUCGUUUGUUGCUAUCCAUGCAAUGUUCAAAUUUUAAAUUAUCCCAUGUAUAAAAAUUCCUUGUAUUUUUGAAAUAAAAACAAAGAUAUACAAUAAUGAGGAUUUUUGAAAAAU